AUGACUUCGACAUCCAAUCUCUUCCAACCCCUAUCAAUAGGCAACAUCACCCUCAACCACCGCCUCGCCCUCGCCCCCCUCACCCGCUUCCGCGCCUCAGACAACCACGUCCCCCGUCCCCUCAUGACGGAAUACUACAAGCAGCGCAGCUCCGUCCCCGGAACCCUCCUCAUAACCGAAGGAACAUUCAUCUCCCCCCAGGACGGCGGCCUCCCCAACGUUCCAGGCAUCUGGAGCGAAGAACAAGUCACCGCCUGGCGAGACGUCACCGACGCAGUCCACAAGAACGGAAGCUACAUCUACGCGCAACUAUGGUCCCUCGGCCGAGCGGCGGUGCCGUCCGUCGCCGCCAAAGAAAACAUCACCAUCUCUGCGCCGGACGCCAUCCCCAGCGGUCCUGAUUCCCCUACCCCACGGAAACUGAGCGUCGCGCAGAUUCAGCAGAAGAAGGAGGCGUAUGUUGCGGCGGCGAGGAACGCCAUCGCCGCGGGAUUCGAUGGCGUGGAACUCCACGGCGCGAAUGGGUACCUCAUCGACCAGUUUUUGCAGGAUGUUUCCAACCAGCGGGAUGACGAGUACGGCGGCAGUGUUGAGAACCGGUCUCGUUUCGCGGUGGAGGUUGCUGCUGCUGUUGCGCGGGAAAUCGGCGCGGAGAGGACGGGCAUUCGUCUCAGUCCGUGGAGCACGUUUGGCGGGAUGAGAAUGGCUGAUCCGGUUCCUCAGUUUUCAGACGUGAUUGAGAAGUUGGACCGGUUGAAUCUCUCGUACUUGCAUCUGGUGGAGCCUCGCAUCGCGGGGAAUGUGGACGUCGAGAGCACGGAGACGCUGGAUUUUGCGUACGAUUUGUGGAAGGGACCGCUUCUGAUUGCCGGUGGGUUUAAGCCGGACACUGCGCGGAAGUUGGUUGAUAAGGAGAAGCCUGGGAGGGAUAUCGUGGUGGUGUUUGGGAGGCAUUUCAUCUCGACGCCUGACUUGCCGUAUCGGGUGCAGAAGGGGCUGGAGCUGGAAAAGUAUGACCGGAGUACGUUUUAUAAUACGAAGGACUCGGUUGGGUAUACCGACUAUCCUUUCAGUAAGGAGUUUCUUGAGAGUCGGAAAGGGCAGGCUAUAAAGGCGUCUGUGUGA